CCGAGCCCCUGGGACCUAUCUGGAGACCUUGUCUCCUGUGCAGCUCUCAGUGACCCGCCUGCCUUAUGUGCACUCCGCAGCUGCACCUGCUGGUGGCGGUGGUCCUGAUGAUUUCUGAUGCCGCCCGGCCUCAGACCUCCUCCACAGCCCGGGCUGUGCCCACUGCCUGGGACCUGGGGCCAGUGACGCCCGAAGUGCCCACUGCAGCUCCUCCGGACUCGUUUGUGAGUCCUACUCCCUGGACGCUAUCGAUGCCAGAGAACGCAACCACCGACCCCUUCCCAGCCUUACCGAUCUGUGUCUGCGACCUGACUCCUGGUACCUGCGAUUUAAACUGCUGCUGUGACAAGGACUGCGAUCUUCUCCAUCCCAGGACAGUCUUUUCCUUCUGCCUUCCUGGUAGUGUAAGAUCUUCAAGUUGGGUAUGUGUGGACAACUCUCUUAUGUUCAGGAGCAACUCCCCAUUUCCUUCUAGAGUUUUCACAGACUCCAGUGGAAUUACACAGUUUUGUGUUCGCGUGAACAACUCAGAAUCAAACUAUUUCCAGAAGCUCCCAACAGUCAAUGCAACCAACUUCCAGGCCCUGGCUGCAGAGUUUGGAGGCCAGUCCUUCACUUUGACAUCGAAAACCCAGCCUCCAGUUCUGUUCUAUAGGGCUGGGGAUCCCAUCCUGAUCUACUACCCCAGCUCAUCUGUAGUGAGCUUACUGAGGCAGCCAGCAGCAGUGGGAGCUGGGGGACUCUGUGCCGAGAGCAACCCUGCAGGUUUCCUAGAGAGUAAAAGCACAACGUGUCCUCGUUUCUUCAAGGACCUGGCCAGUAGCUGCACCUCGGAGCCAGCCCUGGAUGCUGCCUCUUAUUAUAACUUCAGAGUCUUGAGGGUUCCAAGAGGUAUGACUGAUCUUCAGAAUAUGAAGUUCCAGGUUCCUGUAACACUUGCCUCGCAAGCCAGCCCACCUCUGUUGGCUGGAAACACGUGUCAGAAUAUCGUGUCCCAGGUCAUCUAUGAGAUAGAAACCAAUGGGACCUUUGGCAUCCAGAAAGUCUCUGUCAGCUUCAGACAGACCAACCUGACUGUCAAGCCAGGGGUUUCCAUACAGCAGGACUUCAUCGUUCACUUUAGGGCAUUUCAACAGAGAAAAGCUGCUUUUCCUGCUGCUCCAAGAAGCGGGAAUCCUGGCUACCUCACUGGGAAGCCACUCUUGGUGCUAUCUGGUGACUUAGGUCACUCAAUGACCCUGUUGCGGAGCGACGGUAAUGGGCUUUGCUCUGCUAAGAGACAUGGAGUACAGUUUGGUGUGAACGCAGUGUCUGGGUGCCAGUUAAGACCCAAAGAGGUGAACUGCAGCCACUUGCAGAGGGAGAUUUACCAGACCCUUCAUGGAAGCCCCCGACCAGAACUCAUUGCCAUCUUUGGCAAUGCCGACCCAGCCCAGAAAGGAGGGUGGACCAGGAUCCUCAGCAAGAAUUGCAGCGUUUCAGCAGUUAACUGCACUUCCUGCUGUUGGAUACCAGUGUCCCUGGAGAUCCAGGUGUUGUGGGCACAUAUAGGACUGCAGUCCAACCCACAAGCUCACGUGGCAGGAGCCCGAUUCCUAUACCAAUGCAAGUCUGUACAGGAGCACCAGAGAGGAACAGAAAUAUCUUUGACGACUCUUGUGAACUUUGUGGACAUUACUCAGAAGCCAGAGCCACCAAGGGAUCAACCCAGAAUAGACUGGAAGCUGCCAUUUGAUUUCUUCUUUCCCUUUAAAGCAGCGUUCAGCAGAGGGGCCAGUGUUCAGAAAGACUCAGCCUGUCUCAUCCUCAUCCUGUGUGUCUUUCUACUUGGACUUCUCAACUCACAGACCUAGUGAGGAAAGAAAAUAAUCAGGUUUCGUUGUUCCCUAUGGGAAACUCUGCAGACAGCCUACUUAUCUUGGCUAAACAGGUCCUGGCUUACUCGUGAUUUCAGGAGGGAAUUCAGGGAAGAACCUAACAAAAGAAUUUUUUUUUUCCUUUCCACUUUCUCAUUAUGUAGCC